CUUCGGGGCGGGGGAGGAGAAAAGGGCGGCCCGCAAGGCGGGCGGGGUCCAUGGAGUCGCUGUGAGGGCCGUCCGCGGCCUCGCUUUCGCCUCCUCCGAGCCGGGCCGGCGAUGGCCGCAGCUGUGAGGCGAGGUCGAGUCCAGUAGCGGCGCGCGGCCUCCUCGGGGGACUCGGGGUCCUGGUUGGUUUCCACAGCUCCUCCUAGCUGAGGGCAGAAGAAUAGAAGGAAGGUGAUAGGAUGUGAUGAUAGAAUUUGUGAUAGCCAAGCAACAACUUUUCCUAAUUCGGCAUGUUAAAAAAUAAGGGUCACUCAUCUAAGAAAGAUAACUUGGCAGUCAAUGCAGUUGCUUUACAAGAUCACAUUUUACAUGAUCUUCAACUUCGAAAUCUUUCAGUUGCAGAUCAUUCUAAGACACAAUUACAAAAGAAAGAGAACAAACCUCUAAAAAAAGAUACAAAGGCAGUAAUAGAUACUGGACUUAAAAAAGCUACACAGUGCCCCAAACUAGAAGAUUCAGAAAAAGAAUAUGUUCUUGAUCCCAAACCGCCACCAUUGACUUUGGCACAGAAGUUGGGCCUCAUUGGGCCUCCACCACCUCCACUGUCAUCAGAUGAAUGGCAGAAGGUGAAACAGCGCUCCCUCCUGCAAGGGGACUCCAUGCAGCCAUGCCCCAUCUGUAAAGAAGAAUUCGAGCUUCGUCCUCAGGCCCCAUGCGGCUGUGCAGACAACUCGGGGGCUUCCCAGGAGCAGCUGUGUCCCAGCGUAGGAAGGAUGAAAGCAGAGGAACUCUUAAGUUGGUGCUGCUUUCAUGCUCCCAUGUGUUCCACAAGAAAGAACCAGUAUCAAACCCGAGUGAUACACGAUGGAGCCCGCCUGUUCAGAAUCAAGUGUGUGACCAGAAUCCAAGCCUACUGGAGAGGAUACAUUGUUAGAAAGUGGUACAGAAACCUGAGGAAAACAGUACCUCCCACAGACGCCAAGUUAAGAAAAAAAUUCUUUGAAAAAAAGAGACAGGGUUUCGUUAUAUUGCCCAGACUGGCCUCAAAUUCCUGGGCUGAAGCGAACCUCCCACCUCAGCCUCCGUUAGCUGGGAUUACAGGCAAGAGCCACAGGCUAGGGCAGUGGCUUUCAGACUUUUCCUCAACCACAGUAAGAAAUAUCUUCUAAACAAUGUUAACAGAAAAACCAAACUCUGUGAAGUAUUUUAAAGAAGUUGACUCUGAGCUGAUAUGAGUGACUGCAGGCCAGGAAACCCACCCACUCUCAAGGAGUCCUGAGAAAGUGCACCCUGGGCAGUCGGAUCACGGUUUGGUUUCAUACAUUUUAGGGAGGUGGGAAUUACAGGCAAAGAACAUCAAUCAGUACAUGGAAGUUAUACAUUGGUUUGGCCAGAAAGGCGUGACAUCUUGAAGUGGGGGCUUACAGAUUAUAGGUGGAUUCAGAGAUUCUUUAUUUGCAGUUGGUUAAAGGAGUAGGGCUCUAUCUAAAUACUGGAGUCAGCAGAAGGGAAUGUCUAAGUUGACGAUGCUGUGCAGCCUAGACUGAUGGCCUGCGGCGUGACUGUCCCUUGCCGGGCAUGGCCUUAGGUCUUGUUUGUACUUUGGUUUCUUACUGCCUCAGACUGUGUCAUCAGCCUUAUCACUUUUAAAGGAAUACUGGUCACUUGAGCUUAAACUCCAGCAAAGAGUGGGCAUAAUAAGGGGUGUCUCACCUUUCUUCCCAUCGUGGCUGGAAAUUCCAUUGUUAAGGUUUUCCUAGGGCCCCCUUGGCCAAGACGGGGUUCGUUCUGUUGCUGGGGGCCUUAGGAUUUUUUUUUUUUUUUUUUUUGAGACGGAGUCUCAUUCAGCUACCCAGGCUGGAGUGCAGUGGCACGAUCUUGGCUCACUGCAACCAUCGUCUCCCAGGUUCAAGCAAUUCUCCCAUCUCAACCUCUUGAGUAGCUGGGAUUACAGGCACCCGCCAUCGUGCCCAGCUAAUUUUUGUAUUUUUUAGUAGACACAGGGAUUCCCCAUGUUGGCCAGGCAGGUAUUGAACUCCCAGCUUCAGGUGAUCUGCCCGCCUUGGCCUCCCAAAGUGCUGGGAUUACAGGCGAGAGCCACCAUGGCCCGGCCAGGAUUUUAUUUUUAGCUUACAGCAAUGACCCACCACAUGUAUACAUUUAACAGAAACAACUUUCACAAAGCAAAAUCUACUUUUACUGCAGGCACCACACUGUGAUCAUUUUUAUUCCAUUUCGUUUCCAAAGUGCUGGGCCUACUACAUUAAUGUUAUGGGUCACUGAUGGGUUGUAGUAUCAGCAUGUCUGCAUUAUCAAUAACUGCCACUUUAAACGUAAUACAAGUGACCGUGUUAUCCGCUGAACUGUCAUCUUACCUCAUUCAAGUUUCAAGUGUGGGGGUGGGGAGGGACAGAUGUAUACAUACACACACACACACACUCAGAUCAUAGUGAGGUUCUACUCAUAAUCUGUUACAUGAAUAGGCAUCCUAUCAUGUAACUCUUGCCCACUUAUCCCAUUUGGCCAUAAACACUUAAAAUCUGUAAAGUCAGAUCUCAUGUUAAAUAAAUGAAGAUUGAACUUACUGUAAAAUAGUGUAUUAGCAGUAGGUAGUAGUUGCCUAUAUGGGUCCAUGCCCUGUAUGCUUGUAUGCCUGUAUGAGUAGAACUCAACGGCUGUCCUUUAUAAUAAAGACCAUUUCUUCAUCAUUUACCAAAUGACCUCACCAUUCGAUGCUUUGUUUCUACCUUUCCAACCAAUAAACUCAUUCUGUGAGCGAUGGGAAUCCUCUCAGAAAUGUUAAUCUACAAUUUUAGGAUGCCCUGCAUGUUUAAUGGAACCCGAAAGGUUAUUGAACUAGGUUAUUGAAUUUCACAUUACCCAGGUGUGAUGAUUAAUUUAUGUGUCAACUUGACUGGGCUAAGGGAUGCUCAGGUUAUCUGGUUAAACAUUAUUGCUGCGUGUGCCUGUGAGGUAUUUCCAGAUGAGCUGAGCAUUUGAAUCAGUGGACUCAGUAAAGUGAAUUGCGUGUGCGCAUGGGCACGGUCUCACUGUCUUGCGCGUGCUUUCUCUCUCUCUGUCUCUGCCUGACUGCUUCAGCUGGGACGUUGGUUUUCUGUAGAUACACAGAAAGGGAGGUGUACCCAUAUAAAUAGAAAUCAUUUUAAAAUUACAAAAUUGUUGUAUACAACUUUAUGCAAUUAGAACUGAAAAUAUAAUUGAAAUUACUUCCUGUAAAAACAGCAAACAUGGAAAGAAAUUUAAAGUAUGAAAUGACUGGAAAAAAUUAUAUGAGCAUCUCAGUUUUUACUGAAAAGAUAUUAAAUAAAAUUUAACAGCCAUUCUUUUUUUUUU